UGCCGGAUCCCGCCUGGCCGCCGCGCUGCCUCCGCCUGGAACCCAGCGGCUUGCCACGGCCGCACGUGCUCCCACCCAGUCCCGGUUCUGGUAACUGCGGGCUCGGUCCCGCGUGGGUCCCUGAGUCGGCCAUGGCGGUGGUUGCGGCGGAAACACGCGUGUUCCUGGAAGUGCGGAGACGGCUCCAGAGCGCGCUGCUAAUCCUGGGGGAGCCAGAUGAAGGAGGGAUGAACCUGGACAUAUCCGUAACGCCCACCUCUCUUUCGAUGAGAAGCCCUGACGGCUGCACCGAGAUCCGGUUUCCAGCAGGGGUCAGACUUGCACCUUCCUCGUGCGGCGGGCUGCAGUACAUCAGUGGAGAUGGUUUACACCUGCGCCUGCGGGCCCAGGCUGAAUCCAGCCCACAGCCGAUUUCAGGGUUUAAUCAAAGCUUGCAAGCCCAAGAAUGUUGCUCAUUUUAUUGCCAGUCCUGUGGUGAAGUCACAAUAAAGGACAGGAAGCUCCUCAGGGUGCUCCCCCUGCCCAGUGAGAACUGGAGCGCUCUGGUUGGAGAGUGGUGCUGUCAUCCCGACCCCUUCGCUAAUAAGCCUCUCCAUCCACGAGAGAAUGACUGUUUUGUUGGGGAUUCUUUCUUCUUAGUGAAUUCGAGAAGUGAUUUGGAGCAGGAACCAAAAGCAAAUACCAAAGUCAUUUGUAAGCGUUGCAAGGUAAUGUUGGGAGAGACCGUAUCAUCAGAAACAACCAAAUUUUACAUGACAGAGGUAAUUGUCCAGCCAUCUGAGGGAAGUUUCCCUAACAUACCAAGGUCUCAGUUUGUUCAGAGCGUUAUUGCCCGGUGCCUGGUGGAACUCUGCACUGCUAGAAGCACUUUCAGAUUCACGAUUCAAGGCCAGGACGGCAAGGUGUACAUCUUGCUCUGGGUGUUGAACUCAGACAGUUUGGUGAUGGAACCUCUGAGGAGUUCCGGUUGUAUCAGGAAGUUCCCACUGUUGGAAGACUCAUUGGAAGCUGGCUCUGGCUCUGCCUGGAACGCCAUCAAAGUCCUCUACCAGCCCUGUAUCAAAAGCAGGAAUAAAGAGUAAGUCGCACUUUUGGUUUUCUGUUCCGUGUUGCAUGUCAGCUGCGGUCAGCAUAUCGGCACCAGGAAAUCAAUGAGUUAGAUCUAGGCAUCCCAUUGCUAAAUAUUGUGCUUUGUAAGCAGAACGAGUUA